AACAAAACAAUCUUUAUUUAAGAAUGUUGGGAUAAGUAUGUUAUAUAACAUUUAUUUAUUUAAUUUCCUCUCAUCUCAUCAAAAUAAAUAGGGAUUUUGUAAUUUCGGAUCCUUCUUUCUCCAAGUCUCUGCGGUGCUCUCUGUCCCACCUUCAUCCCUGUUCGUGGCGAGGUUUGGUUCGAAUAUUUCAUCUGAGUGCUUGGCAAGAAAUACCACUACUCAGUACUCUUUGCAGUGACAUUUCGGGUAUAUAAAUAUAUGGGCUGAAGUGUGCUUUUCAUGGGAGGUGUAGAGGACAAUGAGCCACCCACAAAACGUGUGAAAGUGUUCUCCGGAGAAUCAUCUGAAGGUCCUUCAAACAGGUUGCCCCUUAGAGAACAAGGCAGUUGCUCGUCAAGGCGCUCGAUGGCUCGCGUUUUAGCUUCUCAGGACAAUGAAGAGGUUGUGGGUCAAAAUGGGGUCGUUCGAAAAGUCGAGCUUGUCCGGAUUAUAGCCGAGGCACUAUAUUCUCUCGGCUACUCCAAGUCCGGGGCCCGCCUGGAAGAGGAAUCCGGGAUCCCACUGCACUCAUCUGCAGUGGAGCUGUUCAUGUAUCAAGUGCUCGAGGGCCAAUGGGAUGAAAGUGUCUCCAUGUUGCGCGAGAUGGGCUUGGCCGAUGAGAAGGCUCUUAAGUUAGCGACUUUUCUCAUAUUCGAGAAGAAAUUCUUUGAGCUUCUGGGUGGAGGGAAAACCAUGGAUGCUUUGAGGAUUCUGAGGACUGAGAUAGCCUCACUCGGUGUGAACCACGAGAGGGUGAGGGAGCUUGCCUCGUUUGUUUUGUUCCCGCCAAGAAAUUUAGUUGAUGGAAUUAAAGAUAAGGAGUCACGUAAAGAGCUGCUGGAGAAAUUGCGUGAGAUACUUCCACCAGCAUUGAUGAUCCCGGAGAAUAGGUUAGUGCAUCUUCUUGAACAGGCCCUCGUCUUGCAGAAGGGUGCUUGCAGGUUUCACAAUUCUUCGGUCGGGAAAAUGUCGUUGCUGGCUGAUCACAAGUGUGGAAGGGACCACAUUCCUUCCCAGACAUUGCAGAAAUGCGAUCUGCACCCGUUGACCGAAGUUUUUCUCCUCUCUUUUUUCUGUCUAUGCUUUGGUGAUGCUCAAAUACUAAAAGAACACAAUAAUGAAGUCUGGUUCCUGCAAUUUUCUCACGAUGGGAAAUACUUGGCCUCGUCAUCUGGUGACGGUCUUGUCGUUAUAUGGGAGGUCUCGGCCGAUGGCCAUGUUUUUAUGAAAUACGAAUUUUCCGGCCACGAGAAACCCGUCUCCUAUAUUUCAUGGAGUCCUGAUAAUAAUCAACUUCUCACUUGCGGAUUAGAAGAGACUAUUAAAAUGUGGGACGUGGCCUCGGGAGAGUGCCUGUGUACGUAUCAAAAGAAUGGAGUGGGUAUGGUCUCCUGCGCGUGGGACCCACACUCGAAAACCAUAUUUUCAGGUGCAACUGAUAAGAGCAUCAUCAUGUGGGACCUCGAGGGAAACGAGCUGGAUUGCUGGAAAGGGCAGAGGACUACUAAGAUCUCUGAUUUGGGCGUGAUUAUGGACGGGAAAAUGCUCGUGACGGUUUGUAAAGAAAACGCUAUUUUGCUGUUUGAAUGGGAAACAAAAACCGAGAGAUUUAUCGAGGAGGAUCAUCCAAUAAUUUCCUUUUCGCUGUCGAAAAACAACAAGUUUUUGCUCGUCAGCCUUUUAAAUGAAGAGCUUCACGUCUGGAGUGUCGAUGGGGCCACUGAGCUGGUGGCUAAGUACAGAGGUCACAAACGUGCACGUUUUGUUGUGAGGUCGUGUUUUGGUGGGUUAGAUGAAGCGUUUAUCGCCAGUGGAAGUGAGGACUCGCAGGUUUGUAUAUGGCACAGGCUAUCGGGUGAGCUCAUUCUAAAGUUGGCUGGGCACUCGGGAGCUGUGAACUGUGUUAGCUGGAAUCCGGCUAACCCUCAUAUGCUGGCCUCGGCAAGUGAUGACCGUACGAUACGUAUUUGGGGGUUAAAUCAGGUGGAUAUGAAUUACAACGGGACGAAUAGCAACGGGGUCCACCAUUGCAACGGCGAGCGUCUAUCAGUUGUAAAAGCUCCCCUUUCUCAUCUCGUUCGAACUCGUUUCAUCAGAAAUUGUACUGAGGAGUCCAUUGGGAAAAUGGCUAAUGAGGCCGCCAAGAAGAAGCAGAAGAAACCAAAAUUCAUGCAGGAGAGUGAAAAUGUCUCCGAAGUGAAUCGCAUUCGAUUUGUUCAUAUUCUCGAACAGUUUAGGCAUUCGAAAGAUGAUGUCUACAAAUUUGAAGAGAACCUAAAUAAUCGGGAGCGAGAAGCAGUGCAUACUUUAUGCAGGAAAAUGGGCAUGCAGUCAAAAAGUUAUGGGAAAGGGCAACAACGUCGACUUUUUAUUUAUAAGAACAAAAAGGGAGUACUAUUGAAGGAGAAGGAACGUCUUGCUUCCUUCAGUUUUUCGGAAGAAUCAAGAGCUGCUUUACAGGAUUUGUUUUCUCAGUACCCUCCUAAUGAUUUGGAGAUGGCAGAAAAUAAAUUUGGAGAAAGUAGUGGAAUAAAUGGCAAAGUACAAGCAUUCAAAGAUGAUAUGUUCUGUAAGCCUGCAAUGACUCAAUCUGAAAUUGCAAGCAAGGUGGAAUCCCUUGCUUCCAGAAUAGAGAAAUCCGCAGACUUGAGACAGAUCACAGAGGAGAGGUCCAAACUUCCCAUUGCAUCAUUUAGGGAUUCUAUCACAUCUACUAUGGAAUCUCAUCAGGUGAUGCUCAUAUGUGGUGAAACUGGAUGCGGGAAAACGACCCAGUGGCAGAAAGAAUUGCUUCUGAACGAGAUUAGGCUGGAGAGUAAAGGUGGGAGCCACUCAUCUCUCAUGUUCUGCACCAAUGGAAUUUUGUUGAGGAUUUUAGUUGGGAGAGGAAGUGGCAGAAAGAAGAAGUCAAAAAAAUCAGCAAAUAGCGACUUUGGCAUCACCCACAUAAUUGUGGAUGAAAUUCAUGAAAGGGACCGCUUCUCUGAUAUCAUGCUCACAAUAAUCAGAGACAUGCUUCCGUUGUAUCCCCAGCUGCGUUUGGUACUAAUGAGUGCCACAAUUGAUGCAGAACGAUUUUCGACGUACUUCUGUGGCUGCCCGAUUAUUCGUGUGCCUGGAUUUACCUACCCUGUCAAAUCUUUUUACUUGGAGGAUGUACUAUCCCUGGUCAGAUCAACUGAAACCAAACCCCUUGCAUGCACAAAAAGCAAUAUAAGUGUGGAAACUUCUAUAACUAAUGAAUGCCGAGUUGCGCUCGAUGAGGCCAUCGACUUGGCUCUAUCAAGUGACGAAUUUGAUCCCCUUCUUGAUUUAAUAUCCUCCCAAGGAAAUUCAGAAGUGUUGAAUUAUCAGCAUUCUAAAACUGGAGUGACACCAUUGAUGGUAUUUGCGGGAAAAGGACGGGUUAGUGAUAUUUGCAUGCUUCUCUCUCUCGGGGUGGACUGUAGCAUCAAAUCCAACGCAGGAAACAUGGCUUUAGAUUAUGCCAAACAAGAGAAUCAAGGGGAGGCCGAAGAAUUUAUUAGAAAGUACAUGGAGAAACCGUUGACAAAUUCCGAGGAGGACCAGUACCUAUUAGAUAAAUACUUAUCAAAUGUAGACCCCGAAUUAAUAGAUUGUGUGCUUAUUGAGCAACUUCUCAGGAGAAUCUGUAUUGACUCGAAUGAUGGAGCUAUUCUGGUUUUCCUUCCGGGCUGGGACGAUAUAAAUAGAACACGCGAGAAAUUACAAGCUAGCCCUUUUUUUAAGGAUCCUUCUAGAUUCCUUAUUAUCUCUCUUCAUUCUAGGGUUCCAUUGUCCGAGCAGAAGAAAGUCUUCAAACGGCCCCCAUCCGGCUGCCGAAAAAUUGUGCUUUCCACUAAUAUUGCUGAGACGUCGGUCACCAUUGAGGAUGUUGUUUAUGUCCUGGACAGCGGGCGGAUGAAGGAGAAAAAUUACGACCCGUAUAACAAUGUCUCGACUCUUCAGACUUAUUGGAAUUCAAAAGCGAACAUGAAGCAGAGGGAGGGGCGUGCAGGAAGGUGCCAGCCGGGUAUCUGUUAUCACCUCUUUUCAAAACUUCGGGCGGCUUCACUGCCAGAUUUCCAAGUCCCAGAGAUCAAGAGGAUGCCUCUAGAGGAGCUGUGUCUGCAGGUGAAACUCAUCAACCCAUCUUGCAAAAUAGACGAGUUCCUGCAGAAGACGCUGGACCCACCCGUCCAUGAGACGAUACGCAAUGCAGUUUCCGUCCUCCAAGGCAUCGGCGCCCUCACUCCCGACGACGAGAAGCUCACGGAGCUCGGCGAGCGCCUCGGAGCCCUUCCUGUCCACCCCCUCACCAGCAAGAUGCUCUUCCUCGCCAUCCUCCUCAACUGCCUCGACCCGGCCCUCACCCUCGCCUGCGCCUCCGACUACAAGGACCCCUUCAUCCUACCUAUGCUCCCCGACGAGAAGAAGCGGGCCCAGUCGGCGCGCUCCGAACUCGCCUCCCUUCUCGGCGGUAACGGCGACCAGCUGGCGGUCAUCGCCGCAUUCGACUGCUGGCGGGCCGCCAAGGACAGGGGCGAACAGUCCAGGUUCUGCUCCCGAUACUUUGUCUCGCAAAACACCAUGAGAAUGCUUUCCCAAAUGCGGAAGCAGUUGGAGAGAGAGUUAGUACGGCACGGUUUUAUCCCGGAGGAUGCCUCCCGAUGCAGCCUGAACGCGCGGGACCCGGGAAUACUUCACGCGGUGCUUGUGGCCGGAUUGUACCCGAUGAUUGGGCGGGUGGUCCUUUCUGGGAGGAGGUCGUUAGUGGAGACAGCUGAUGGUAACAGAGUGAGGUUGCACCCGUUCUCGACCAACGCCAGGCUGUCUGUCCGGAAAGGUGGGGCCGAGCCGCCGUUGGUUGUUUUCGACGAGAUAACGCGCGGGGAUGGCGGGAUGUUUAUUCGGGACUGCAGCGUUGUGGGACCGCUACCUAUGCUGUUGCUGGCAUCGGAGAUUGUGGUGGGCCGGUCCGCGGAGGAUGAUAGUGGGGAGGAGAGUGAAUGUGAGGAUGACAGCUGGGAAGAGGAUAGAAUGGACACGACGAGUGUCGAGAAGGGGGAGAGGAUUAUGUCUUUGCCGGGGAAUAGUGUGAAGGUGUUAGUUGACGGGUGGCUGCCUUUGGAGUCAACGGCGCUCGAUGUGGCCCAGAUUUACUGUCUCAGGGAGAGACUUUUGGCUGCAGUUUUCUUUAAAGUAAAGCAUCCAAAGAAGGUUCUCCCAGAACAUCUUGGGGCCUCCUUGUAUGCCAUCGCUUGCAUCUUAUCAUACGACGGGAUGUCUGGGAUCUCACUGCCGAACGAGUCCGUGGACUCUCUUGCUUCCAUGGUUAGUGCCACAGAUAUAAGUGGGUUGGGCCGAGUGAGUACAAAGUCCGCUAAUCAGCCGUCUCAAAAUUAUCUCAAGUCAUUGCUGAACAGUCGAAAUAAAUCGUAUCAACCUCCCGCUCAAUCUUUGGUUCCUAAUGCUAAUAAUAUGCACAUGUAUGGGUCGGCCAUGCAUGGGCCGCCUGCCCCCAAUCGGAACUUUUUCAAGCGACCGCGUGGUGGUGUACGCAGAUGACUUCUCGCGAUGAACCAAAAAAAUUAUAUAAAUUAAAAGGAAAGACAAAAAGGGAAUCAUUGUGAAACUCGAUAAGCAACUUUUACUGAUAAUCAUGCGACAUUCAUUUUCUGUCAACAGUUGAUAUCUUAUUCAAAUUUAAUGUUUGCACUGUUCUUUGUUUGUCCUAGUAUUAAUAUCAUACUAUAGCCAUGGGGCACUAAGGUUUCAACUUUCAUGGUGCAUUGUUAAUUAUUGGACAGCACAUUUGUUUAUCAUUCAGUGAAGCAGAACCUUGUUUUGGUU